AUGGCUGUCCUGGCUUCGCUCUGCUGGAUGCUUCUGAGCUGCUGGAUCCAGCAUGGGCGCUCUUCUGAAGGACCACCCCUGUUCUGCGCGUAUCAGGCAUCUGACAGGGAAGGGGCAUCAAAGCUCGUUUGCUUCGAAAGCUCCACCGGAUCCCCCUUGGGUGAUCCGCUGGAGUCCUUGGCUGCACCAGACUCGGACGGGAAUUCCUUGGCCCUGCUUCGAAUCCAGCCCCCAUGGCCACGGCCCAUACGCUUCACACUUGCUGCAGACGGGGGCCAGGUGGCCUUCGUCAUCAGUCAAGAGGGACGGCGUCCCUUCGUGCUCGCUGCAUACGAAGUUCACCGAGCCGACUUCCAGCAGGUGGCACGCGUGGAUCUGGAUGGCGGGCUGGUCCCGACAGCUCUUUACGGCUUCACGGAUGGUCGGGUUUUCAUUGGAUAUGAGAAUAGAGUCUGCUUUGUAAGCCUGCAGGAAGGGACGCAAAGAGUGCUGCAUGAUUUGUCAGACCGUCGAAGCCGGAAGCCAAUCGAUGCCUUUGCAUGGAACGGUGUAAACCUUCUGGUUGCAGUGGAUGACAUCCUCGAGCCGCACUGGAUGGUGCUGUUUGACUUGUCUGUCGGUGGGGAGCCACAACUUCUCAAUACAGUGAGCCUGCAUGACGGCAUCAACGAGCAUUACGUGGAUGCACUCUUUCUAGACCCUCGCUCAUUGAUGCUGCUGAGCAGGUUCAGUCACAUGGGCGGCUUUGGCUCGGCAUUGUCCUUCGUAUCCCUGGAUUCCAGCGGCCGAAACUUCACGCAGCUUGAGGUGGUUGACUACCAAGAUCGCGACACCGGAGAAAACGAGACGUUGGUCGGGGACUUCUCCCACAUGAUAAACCUGGACAAGAGCUCCGAGAAUGAACUUGUCAUCGCCGCAGGGGAACGCGGGCUUCUAAUCGUACCCCGAGAAACACAGCAGGAAUGCUUUCGCUUGACGGACAGGCAUCAGGUGAGACGCUUGUUGAAAAGGGAUGUCAAGGUUGUCAGAACAGCUUUUCCUGCUGUACAGGUGCGCUGCCAUCAAAAUAUGACUGUGGCCUUACAGAUUCAGGUUUUGCAGAUGUUGGCUGACAUGCCUGAUGUCAAACAGUUCCACAUAUCAGUCUACAACCGUGAAUGGGAAGAAGUGCACAGAUUCGCCUGGCCUGUCACGGUCGCAGACUUGUUUCAGGAUGAAGCCGAGUCUCGAUUCUAG